AUGGAAGUUCAAGAAGAUGUUGCUCCAGUUCAAGUUUUGGUUUGUGUCGAGGCGCUGUGUAUCGAUAGCAAGAAUUUCUUUCGAGAUCAGUUGAUGAUUGCCUUCAACGCGUUGGGUCAAGAUGUGAUGCACUUGACGGUGGUGCCCUUUGGGAAUGCCAAGAUUGAUUCGUCAAGUCACAAUAUUACUUGUCAACACGGUUUUGGAGAAUGCGACACGAAUGCAUACGAGCAAUGUGCUGUUCAUCUUUACCCAGAUCCAGCCCAACAUGUGCCAUAUCUCAGUUGUCUUUUCAAUAGCCUACCAAUGGGACACAGAGAUCAGCCCUUUGAACAAUGGACCGGAUUAGAGCCUUGUGCACAUGACAACCAAUUGGACUUUGCCACCAUUAAGAAAUGCCACGACGAUCCCAAUCUCAGUUGGCAGUUGCAAACCAAGGCAGCUGAAGCAACGCCCAAGCGACAUGAUCAUGUACCUUGGGUGGAAAUCAAUGGGCAAUACAUGAACGAAGAUUCCCACCACCUACUGAAAGAGGUUUGUAAAGCAUAUCAACAAGCAGGGGGGCACAAUGCUGCCUGUAGUAAGCUCACGCCGUGA